AUGAAGUGUAAGAAACAUCCCGCCGACCUCAGUAGCGCCGUCGGCGUUUGCGCCUCCUGUUUACAAGAACGUCUAGUUACAGUUAUCGCUGCCCAGGCCCAGAAAGAGGCACAAGAAGGUCGCCGAAAUUUUGAUACCCAACCGGCCCCUCUUGCCUUUCCCCGGUCUGUAUCGCCUUAUGUAUCUCGCCGGAAAUCGGACGAAGCUGCCACGUGUCAGCUGCGUUAUAGCAGUCCCCAGGUGGCUCCUGCCAGCUCUGUAACAGUUGAAGUCAAGAAGAAGAGUAGUGGUGGAAGAUUUUCUCUGCCUUUUUCGGGUCUUUUUAGAUCCAAAACGGAGAAACUGGAUUCGGAUUCUGGUCCGAUUUCGGAUCCUGGUGUUGUGGGUACAGCAUCUUCUCCUUCGUGGUUUCCUGCCCGGCGGAAAAAGCAAAGUCGCACGCUUUCCCUUGAUAAGAACGCAAUCGGAGGCCACCAGAGGAACUGCCGCAAUCGCGACCGUGGAAUGUCUCCGGCGAGGUAUUCCGAAGAGGAGGACGAGUCGCAUUUUCACGGUGGAUUGAGUGGAUACUCUUCGGAGUCUUCCCAAGGUUGGAAGCAGACUCCGCGUAGGACGCCGGCGACGCGGCACCGCGGAGGUUUUAAAGGGCACUGUGGGAAUAUAUCUGGUCUUGCAUUUUGCUUGAGUCCUUUAGUCCGUGCAAGCCCAAAUUUGCACUUGCAUCAGAAGGGGUUUCCGCAGGAGACGGUGGUCACCGGCGACAGUAGGAUCCCGGCGAAUGCGUCGUUGUUUUGCAAGAACAGGUCCCGAAAGCUCUGCCAUUUCGGGAGGUUCAAUCCGAAUCAUUAA